UUACAAAACGAUAAGAAUAUUUUUGUGAAUUAGGCGCGCUUUCGUGUGACCGUUGAAAUAAUCGUCGAGUAAAAUUAAAUCUGCUUCGAUUUAGUUCUGCAAUUUGACAGUGACAUGCUUCAUGUCACGUGCAGCUACCCCUCUUUAGAAAUAGUCUCUCGCGAUUGGUUGGUUCGCCUUGUCUUUACCUCCACUGCGAAGCGGCAUUAUGGCGUGUCGUAUCUCGGUUAGGUUACGCUAGAGGUCGUCGGCCGACAUCGUAGCCGCUCAUGUCGAGGAGUCGUACCACUGCAGAGAUGCAAGAUGCAUUUAGUAACCUCGUGAAAGAAAUACCGACUCGAUGUCUCGUCGUUGACCACUUUUCCACGGAUCGCGUGACCAACGCGCAAAUUAUAAUCUGAUUCCUGACUGACGGGUUUUUCCAUUGUUGCGCGAGUGAUAAGCGACGCACGGUUCCGUCGAAACAUCGGAGUGUACAAGGAUUGAUCGGAAAUACCGGCUACGAUGUUCGGACGAGAAACGAGCACCGGCAUCGCUACAGAUUCCAUUCGAUCGACGUACGCGACAAAUUAACUCGUCUGGCCGUGUUAAUACUGGAAUAGUUUUGGAAAAGCCGAAUUGCUACAACGCCAAACCUUACUGAUAAUACCACGUGACGUUUGUAAACCGCAUAGAAUUGACUCGAGACAAAGAACGAUAUGAUUCUUCGACGCAAGUCCGUGCACAGCUGUAAUUGUCCCUGUCAUCAGCACUGCUCCACGAAAUGUGCAGAAGAUAUAGAGAGUAUGACUGGUGAGAUUGAAAAUGGAGAUUUGGCAAUCCGAGAUGUUGCAGACCUUCUUCAAUCACAGUAUGCUAUUAUAGCAGGAGGAAAAACUCGAGAGGGUUGUCCAAUAAUUACCUUUCCUGAUAAUGGUAAUUUUCAUAAUUUAUCUGACUUGGAUUAUCAACGUCUCAUGCUGUAUCUUACUUCUGUGCCAACUUUACAAGAAGCUGAUCUUGGGUUCCAUUUAAUAAUUGAUAGAAGAAAUGAUAAGUGGAACUCUGUGAAAACUGUCUUAUUAAAAAUCUCUGGUUUCUUUCCUGGUUUAGUGCAUGUAGCAUAUGUUCUUCGUCCAGCUGGAUUUUUACAAAAAACUAUAUCUGAAGUGUCAAAUAGAUUAUUUCGAGAAGAUUUCAAGUUCAGGGUUAUAUUUUUAGCAAACAUUGUUGAACUUCAUGAGUUUAUAGAUAAAGAUCAGCUAACCGAGCAACUUGGUGGCAGUUUAUCAUACUGUCAUCAUACUUGGAUACAAAACAGAAUCAGUUUAGAAAAAUUUUCAUCAAUGACACAAGACGUAUCUUUUGCAUUGGAUUCUUUUACACGGCGGUUAGCCGAGAUUGAAUUUCCCAACAACACCGUUGCAACCACAUCUUUGUUAUCCCAGCAACAAGUCGAAUACAAUGAAUUAAAAGAAGAAAUCCUUAGUGCUGCAAGACAUGGUGAAGCACUUUUAGACAGUGUACGACAAGUAACUGGCAAGGGAACAGCUGAUAGACUAGGAAAUGUUGCGGCGGUAGAAAGAUUGCUUGUUCAACUGGAAGAAACAGAACGCACUUUUGACUUGUUUUGGUCGCAUCACAGUUCUCGUUUAAGGCACUGCCUAGCUUUGAGACAAUUCGAAGCUGACUUUAGAGAAUUACAAGCAACAUUGGACCAACAUUUAAAAACUAUAGAAGACAUGACGGAAGUAGGAGAAACUCAAGCACGAGUUGAACAGUUACUUUGCGACACAUCGGCGUUUCAACGAAUAUGUAGAGGAGAUAUAGAACGAGCAGAGGAAGUGAUAUCGGCUGGUCAGCAACUGUUGUCUGGUAGGCACCAAUGUCCGACGGACGUCGUAGAACCUAAAUGCGUAGAGUUACAGAGAAUUUGUACUAUUCUAAGUCAAAGAUUGGAAAGGCGACUACAUAUGUUAUCCAAAUGCAGAGAACUUAUGGAACGAAUAGAUAAGGCAAAUACGUGGUGCACACGUGGAGUAGAAUUACUUGCAUCACAAAAUAAUAUUACACCACCCGACCAAGCGCUUCAAGAAUUACAAGAAUUGAUAGAAGCUGCAGAAGAAUUUCACCAUCCCAGAUGUAUUUUUCAAGACUCUGUAAUGCCUGAAACUAAAGCUCUUAUUACACAAGUUUUGCAAAGAAUAGAAGAUGUGUCUUUAAUGUGUGAUAAAAGAAUAAUGACACUCAAGCAGCAAUUGAUUAAACCAGCGAGACCAGUUCAAACUGUAACACCUGAACCAGUUAAGCCACUGCAAUCACUGCCUCAGACUGUCAAACCUGGAAGGAUUCUGAAAAAAGCUAACACUAUGCCAAAGAUGGAGAUGAGCCCUAUAGAGGGGGAAUCUUCAUCGCCGGAAAGUGAGUCCAAAGAUGUAGAAGCUUUACGUUUAAAACGUGGACACGUGUUGGCGGAACUUGUUGAAACUGAACGAAUUUAUGUUGCCGAGUUAGGUUCUAUAAUUAAAGGGUACAAAAUGGAAUUAACAAAUGAGGCAAUGGCACAUUUAAUACCGGCAGCAUUAGUAGGCAAAGGAGAUAUUUUAUUUGGUAACCUAGAAGAUAUUUACAGUUUUCACGGAGAGAUGUUUUUAAGAGAUUUAGAGAACUGUAUUUCAAAUACCGAACUUGUUGCAUUAUGUUUUGUACAAAGACGUGAAGUAUUCUUCAGAUUAUAUAGUUAUUAUUGUCAAAAUAUUCAAAGAUCGGAAAGAUUACGAGAACAGAUACAAAAUGAACCACAGUUUCUCGCCACUUGUCAACAGAGACUUGGUCAUAAAUUACCUCUUGCUGCAUACCUUCUUAAACCUGUACAACGUAUAACAAAAUACCAAUUGUUGCUAAAAGAUCUUUUAAAAUAUAGCGACGAACCAUCGUGUUGCACUGAAUUACAAGAAGCUUUGGACUGUAUGCUAGUUGUAUUAAAAUGCGUCAACGAUAGUAUGCAUCAGACUGCGAUUACUGGAUUCGGUGGAGAUUUAAAUGCACAAGGUGAGCUCUUGUUACAAGGCUCUUUCAGUGUAUGGAGUAGCAGUAAACGAGAACGACUUCUCAGGUUAAAGCCAUCUCAACGCCAUAUUUUCUUGUAUGAAAAGGCUCUUAUAUUUUGUAAACACAGUAAACCCCAAGCUCACAAUAAAGCUACCUAUCACUUUAAGAGAUAUUUGAAGAUGUCGCAAAUUGGACUGACUGAAUCAGUUAAAGGUGAUGCCAGGCGUUUUGAAAUUUGGCUUCAAGGUCGGGCUGAAGUCCAUACAAUACAGGCAUCUACCGUUGACGUCAAACAAUCUUGGGUCCGCCAAAUUAAAGGCGUUUUAAUGUCUCAAUUAGCCGAACUUAAAGGAAAACAAAACUCUGCUCUUGGAAAGACCAACCAUAAACCUCUACGACAAACAAUUUCGUGGGAAGCACAAGGCAGCGUAUCUGGAUCUCUACGGACUCUUUCAGUUGAUGGUAGCAGCGUUAUAUCACACAUUACAGAUGUCUCGCAAUCAACGGAAGACGAUGUCGCUUGGAGUUCAGAAAACAGUAAUACUGAUGAUGAAGAUGCUUUCAGUGAAAACCCUGGUCCAGCUCCCGGUGGAAGAUACGUAGCAUUAGCUGAUUAUUGUGCAGUUGGACAGUCUGAAGUUACUAUGCGUGAAGGAGACAAUCUAGAACUUCUUAAGGUUGGUUGUGCUGGUUGGUGGUUUGUAAAAUUAAUAGGUACUGGAAUAGAAGGAUGGGCACCUGCAGCUUACUUGGAACCAAUUAAUCGAAAAACGUCGCGCAGCUCACAGUCGGUCAACAGUCAAGAAACCAUGUGAAACAGGCGUCUAACACACUAGGUUUUUCUGGUGUGUUAGGUUUAUACCAUGUCGUUAAUGAGUAACAGUUGUUAAAGAGUAGUAUUAAAAAUCGCAUAUGGAGGCUUUUGUAAUAUAAAGGUAUGGACAAGACUUUGGAAAUUUUGCAUAAAAUUCAACUCAUAAUAUAAAUACAUCAUAUUAGAUUUCUAAUUCUGUAAACUAUAUAAUACAGCAAUAUGCGCUUGAUUAAUAUAAUUAAUCAGUGAGCAGUUAUAAUUACAUGUAAUUUUUGAAACUAAAAUCAGAUGAAAAUGAAUUUGAAAGAAGAAUCUGAUCACGUAAUCUUUUACAAAGAAGUCAGGGAAUAGAAGAAUGUAUGAAGUUUUGGUUACAUAAAUUGUGCUCGAAACCAUUUGUUGGUGAAAGUACUUUAUGCAGAAAAAAUAGAAUUUGCAUUUACUAAACAAAUAUACUAUUAAUUAGAUUUAUUCUUACAAAGAGAAUAACAUUUAUAGAAUUGUACAAAAUAUGUUUCGCUAGCGAAUUAAAAUCAUGUGCAAGCAUAUAAGCAGAUUUACAUUAACAUGAUUUAAAAUUGCUAUAAAUAAUACAGAUUUGUAUUUAACGUUACAUAUUGUCCUACUGAUAAGAAAAUUACUAUAAUGAAAUACAAUCAUUCAGUUGCUACUUCCUUAAAAAUUUCCAUAGUAAUAUAAAGGAUUAAACUUACCUGUACUUAUAAGCUGCAUAAAAUUCGGCCGUGUGCAAAUAUUCCAAAGUUCAUACGAUAUAAAACUUGAGAUGAUUUUAUUUAGUAUAAUAUGUUUUGUAUAGUAAAAACUUGUGUACAGGUACAGAAAGAAAUCUAAUGCAUCUGCGUUAUAUUUAUUAUCUAUUUUCUAGUGAAAUCACGACCAUGUAUGACGCAAGGUUUAGAUAUAUACGAAGAUUCUAUGCGAAUAUGAAUUUAUUUAUUUUUACAACUAAUACAGUACAACAUAAAAUAUAACUUUCACGAUGUUUUAUCGUGCGUGAAUUUAGAAUAUUUGCAAACUAUCGGAAAUUGGUCAAAGAGUCCUUGAAAUAGAAACAGGAGAUCAAACAUUUAUUUGAUGCUUCUGUAACUGAAAUAUAGAAAAUAGAACUACUUUGUUGGCACAUUAGUGUAGCUAGGAUAGAAAUUAUAUUGCUAAUAAGUCUUUGCGACCAAACAGCUUGAUAUUAGUAUUAUUUUAGUAAAUAAUAAAUAACAUAUUUAAAAUAUUUGAGUAAAGAUGAAACAAACGAUAACAAGGAGUUAAGUAACAUAUACAAAAGUUUUUUAGAGGUUAAAAAUUUAACACCAAGCAUUGUGCAAUAUUUAACACUGAUUGUAAUAAACUUUAGAAUGUAACAUUUUAGUAAAAGAUGCAAUUUCGAUUUUAGCAAAGUUAAUAAUCAACCAAUUUCUUAAGCAUUGAAUAAUAAUGAAACAUGUAUAAUAAUGUAAUUUGUACUAAAAGUUUAUAUGAACACAGAAGAACUAAGAAAUUGUUAAGAAUUAACAUUUUUUUUUGUAUAGGUAUAGAAUGCAAUAAUUAUGUUUACCUUAUAAUCGAAAAUGAUCAAUAUUUCAUCGCAUAAUUUAUAUUACUUAUACAAGUGUUAUUUAAGUGUAAUUUAUAUAUUAUUUAUACAUAGCAAAAUUCUAUUGUGAUUACGAGAUAUACAUAUUGAGUACAAAUAAUUUAUUUUAAUACUAUGAAUAUUAUUAAAAUAAAUUCAUGUUAUAAUGUUUAAACUUGAACGCCGUAAUAAAUGCGUCUGCAUAAUUAAAGUAUACAAGUUUUAAUUAUGUUGUUAAUGUUUGAUUAGAAGAACUUGUGAAUUUUUAGCCAAAGAAAAUUUUAUACUUUUCUUUGGUAAGAUAAAGCUGAAGAAACUAUUAAUUUAUAGUUGUGAAUAUUUGUAAUUAAUGUGAUUAUUUAAAUUUUGUAAUUAAUUAGAAUUUAUCAUUUUUAUCCACCUUCACGCCGUCCUGAUACUAACUAGUUAUAGGAUUUAAUCAGACAAAAUUUAAUUGUUUUACGUUUACCAUUUAAUUUAUACAUCGACAAUUUGUUUGAAACAUAUUAUAAGGUUUUAUGUGUAUUGAAAAACAGCAAUAUUGAGUGAUAAUAAAAAUCGAAUAUUGUUACAUAUUUGCAAAAAGCGCUUUUAAACUGUAUUCGAUUAAUCAUCCUUUUCAUACAAAAUGAAAAUAACGCGGUACUUUACAGUGCUCGAUAUGUCAUGCAAUUAUACAAAUAUACAAUCUACGAAAUACGAUAAAUUAUUUGUUUGAAUGUAAAAGAAAUAGUAUAGCUUUAAAUUUUACUUUAAAAUUUAGAUUAUUCCUUUAUGUGUCGACACAUAUAACCUAGGAUAAGCGAUUGAAAAAACAUUCAGGCAUUUAGAAUCUUGUGUAGACAACAUUAAAUUAAUAUAUAGACAAUAAACACACGCCUGUUGUGAAAUAGUUCCAUUUGAAUAUACAUAUUACAGAUAUACUAAUAAUUUUGGACAUAAGUAAGAUACUGUUAAUAUACUUCCGUUUAGAAAUUAAAUCAGUAACAGAUUGUCACUGAAAAAAUGUUCGUUCUGUGCAAUAUGUAUAACGUUGCGAUAUAAGAUUAUUCAAAAUUUGGGCCUUGUGUUUGAAUCAUUAAACAAUGCAUUAAUUUAAAAAGUAAUUAAAAAGUUAACUACAAGUUUUUAAUGAAAGGUUCCUUAUGUUGUUCCUUUAAAGUAAAUUUAAUAAAAUUUAUUUUUACACGUAAGAAUAAUAUGGACCCUAAUCUCUCUUCUAUUUAUGAGAAAGUUAAAUUAUCCGAGACAAAUUUUAAAACUUUUUAACGAAGAAGAAACGCAGGUGACGCAUUCUUGUUUAUUUUAAAUAUGGAAUUCGCUUUUUGAUUCCGAUUAAGUUACGAGUACUAAUGAAAGUUGAAUAAUAAAAUUAUGAAUGAUGUUGUAAUAAUUGCGCUUAAGUUAGUGAUAGUACGAUACAAGUCAUUAGUAUUUAAUGAUUAUUUGAAACCCUGAAAUGUAUUACAUAGUUAAGUACAUGAUCUAAUUAAUAUUGUAUUUUGUUCGAUAUAAAACGAUAUAAUAUGAUAAAAAUACAUACGAAUUGCA